AUGAAGGCAGACCCCGCCGGGCUGGCCGACAAGAUGCUGCGGACCCCGAAGUGCUCGCGGUGCCGGAACCACGGCUUCCUGGUGCCGGUCAAGGGCCACGCGGGCAAGUGCCGCUGGAAGCAGUGCACCUGCGAGAAGUGCUACCUGAUCACCGAGCGCCAGAAGAUCAUGGCCGCGCAGAAGGUGCUCAAGAAGCAGGCCUCGGAGGAGGAGCAGGAGAUGGCCCUGGGCGCGCCGGGGCCCGAGCUGGUGGCGGGGGCCGCGGCCGCCGCGCCCCCCGCGCCCCCCGCGCCCCCGGGCCCCAGCCUCCGCCAGCUGCUUCCGGCGGCCGCCUCGGGAGAGCGGGAGGCAGGCCCCGAGGGCCGCGUGGCCGCGGGCUUCCCCGAGAGGCCCCCGCGCGGCCCGAGCCCCGGGCCCAGCGCCUUCCAGCCGGUCCUGGGCGGCCGCGGCCACGCGGGGCUGAGCGCACGAGCUGCCGCGGCCGCGCCGGGUCCGCUGGGGCUCCCGCUCGGGCCCGAGGCCGCCGGCAAGGGCUUCCCCGGCCGCUCGGAGCUGCGCAGGCCGCUGCGGCCCGUGCCCAGCCCGCCGUUCGCCGACUUCGGGCUCCCUCUGAGCGUCAACUCCGAUUGUGUGGUGGGGCCUGAGUACCUGGAGAGAGAGCCUUCCAAGCUGUAUCCCAGCUGCUCCAACAUGCAUUCCUACUGCCCAUUCCCACUGGGCUACCAGGAUGCAUCCCCGACUCCGGGGAUCCCCCUCCAGCGGGGCUUCCGGCAUGUGUCCUGCAGCCACUUCCAUGGAGGAGGCUUGGUCCCGGAGCCAGUGGGAGACUUCCAGCCAAGCUACUACCCGCUGCCGCCGCCGCCGCCACCUCCACCACCACCGCCGCCACCUCCACCACCACCACCACCACCACCACCACCACCGCAGCCUCAAUUUCUCCCACCAGGCUUCUUGUCUGCGCUCCACUUUCUGCCGCCUCUGCCACCGCCGCCACCGCCGGCAUCUUUCUCUCUCACCAUUCUGUCUGAUACAGACAAGGAAACCACUGAUGGCCAGGAUGCAGGGGUACCAGAGGAGCCCGGGGUGCCUGGGGUGCCUGAGGCGGAGGUGGGGGCCCCUGAGGCGGAGGCGGGGGCCCCUGAGGCGGAGGCGGAGGCGCCGGAGGCGGAGGCGCUGCCCAGUGACCCCAGCCAGCUGCCCUCCAAGGAACAGUCCGACUAG